AUGGGCAGCAGCAGCCCAAAGAGAUGUCUGCAACAGCAGCAGCAGCAGUUCUUUGAGCUGCUGACUGCAGCAGCAGCUCAAAAGAGCUGCUGCUGUUGCAGACAGCUCUCUGAGCUGCUGUCUGCAGCAGUAGCAGUAGCUCAGGGAGCUGCUCGUCAGCGGGAGGCAGCGGCCGAGAGUUCUCGAGCGGAGGCGGCUAAGAAGGUCCGUCGUGAUGAGACAGCGGAGACCGUCCGAGCGGCGGAAGGUCAGGAUAACGUUCCCCAGGCAGGCAUCCCCGGAGCGGUGACGUCUGGGUGUGGAGCUGCGCUGCCCGCCUCUUCUGCUGCAUCGGGGGCGGCUCCGGCGACUUCGAAGGACGCUCCUCCGCAGUCUGGCGUGAGGCCACAGACGGGAGUCCCAGCGGCUUCUGCGUCCGCAUCAGGAGGUGCGAUUGAGAAAGUGAUCUCCAUUCCUUCUGACGAAGAAGAGGAGGCUGGAGAUGAGGAGAGGCCCACCGGCUCAGCUGAUCCUGCCCUUGAAGUCGCUGGCAAAGAGGAUCCUCACUCUUGGGUGAAUCGCUCAUCUGGGGAGAUGGGCGAAUCUGAGGAGGAUGACAACGUCUCGAUUCAUGAGGCGCUGUCAAGUGAGGAAGAGGAUUGGGCUCAUGAGGAUGCGCCUGCCCAAAUAGGGGGAUCUCCUGCUCCCGCAGAAGCGUCGGCUGGGGGUCGUUCAUCAGCGCGAGAGUCUCCGCUUCAACGGGAGGCUUCUACUCUGCAGGUGACCACUUCUUCGUCGGCGGCGGCCGUUGAUGUUGUGACCACUGCACCGAGGGCGUCAUUGGUCACGCCGACUUUGGCGGCGCCAAUCACUACUUCUACGGUUAUGACUAAAGGUACUUCAACCGUAAUUUCAUCCACGGCGGAGGAGGCUGCCCUCUCUCCCUUGGAGCGCGAGCGAAAAAGGAGUGCGGCACGAUCCGUGGCUGAUUUCCAAGACACUCUAGCUGCCUGCAUCAAACUCGCUUUGGAGGAGAAUUGUCCCUUCGAGGAUUUCGAAGAGGAUCUCGACUAUAUCAUGGGCUUCUUAAUCAAAAGGCUUAAACACUCUGGGGCGAAGCCUUACUUCCAGCGUAAGGAGGAAGUGAAAGAAGCUAUUCAGCGGUUGCUUGCCCUUCGCGCGAAGAGUUCCACUCUUGUGGGUCGGUUGCUCGCCCUUCGCGCGAAGAGUUCCACUCUUGUGGGUCUUGCAUCCGGCGAAGCCCGAGCAGCAGUGGAAGUACGCGAUCGCCGUCUGAACGAGACUAUGUCACUGGAGGUGAAAUUGUCAGCAGAGUUGGAGCAGGCCAAGGCUGAGGAUGAACGGACGGCCUCCGAGCGACAGAAGGCCGAUAACCGCGUUUCUCGCUUGUCUUCGGAGGUAGAGAAUUUGAAGCAGGUUAUAGCUAAGGCGCAAGCCUCAUUGGCCAUUCAGGAGAAGGCUCGUGAACAGGCGGUCAAGGAGUUGGAAAGCAUUGAAGGUCAAGGAGACCGUCCAAGACUUGACCUCGCGUACAGAGGAAGAUCUUCGCCAAGAGAUCCUGCGGAGGCUGGAGCUUCGUCACGCUAG